GGCCACAGCCAAUCUACAGAGAGAGUACUGUGACGUCACAUUCUCAACCAAUCAACACGGAUCUCUUUGAAAUAAAAAAAUGGCGUACAUGCAGUGUGAAUCUAGGGAGCUCUAAACCAAUAUUUCUUGUUUUAAAACAUUAAAAAAAUAAGUCCAGUGUGUGCGGUCAUCAGUACCAGCAUGAAGGUGGUCAAUUUGAAGCAAGCCAUUCUCCAGGCAUGGAAGGAGCGCUGGAGCGACUACCAAUGGGCCAUCAACAUUAAGAAAAACUUUCCAAAGGGAGCGACAUGGGACUAUCUGAACCUGGCAGAAGCCCUGAUGGAGCAGGCGUUGAUUGGUCCCUCACCUAACCCACUCAUUUUGUCUUACCUCAAAUAUGCUAUAAGUUCCCAAAUGGUGUCUUAUUCCAGUGUCCUUGCAGCUGUCAGCAAGUUUGAAGAUUUUUCUCGUGAGCUGUGUGUCAAAUCCCUCCUGGAGAUAAUGGACAUGUUCUGCCAUCGUCUCAGCUGUCAUGGAAAACCAGAGGAAUGCAUUGGGCUCUGUCGGGCUCUGCUUGGUGUGGUAGUGUGGCUGCUACAGGCAUGUGCCUGGUACUGUGAGAGAAUUGGGGAAGGCGGCCUGUCAGAGGCCAGUUUGAAAGCCUGUCAGGAGAAACUGCAUAUUCUGAUGGACAGUACCAAGAACAGAGCCCUGGUCUACAUCGCUCGACUGGAAGAUCAAGGUUCUUGGAGCAGUGUAGAUCAAGCAGUGCUGAAAUUGACAGAGGGUUUAAACUGCAUAUCUAACCAAACACUGAGAUCCAAAUUGGAAGAGAUUUUGUCAUUAGUAAAAAGCAUUCCUCUGAUGCUGUCUGUACAGUGUGAUCCUCCAGUCCAUGCCUCCUUCCCAUCAAUUCACGCUCUUAUCAUGCUGGAAGGGACCAUGAAUCUAACAGGAGAGACACAGCCACUGGUGGAGCAACUGAUGUUGAUCAAAAGAAUGCAGCGAAUCCCUGCUCCUCUUUUUGUUAUGGAAAUUUGGAAAGCCUGUUUUACUGGACUCAUUGAGUCACCAGAGGGCACAGAGGAGCUCAAAUGGACUGCCUUCACAUUCCUCAAAAUCCCACAGGUUCUAUUGCAACUAAAGAAGUAUCCUCAAGGUGAAAAAGGACAGGACUUCAUGGAGGAUGUAAAUAUUGCAUUUCAAUACUUACUCAAGCUCACACCACUUCUCGACAAAGCCGAUCAGAGAUGCAAUUGUGACUGCCUCGGCAUGUUACUGCAGGAAUGUAACAAGCUUGGGCUGCUGUCUGAUCCGAAUACAGCUAGCCUCACGUCAAGACGGACUGAGGACAGGGAGUUCGCCCCAAGGCUUAAAACAGCAGAAAAUGCAAACAUCCAGCCUAACCCAGGUCUUAUCCUGAGAGCUGAGCCCACUGUCACAAACAUUCUGAAGACAGUGGACGCAGACCACUCCAAAUCCCCAGAGGGUCUUCUAGGGGUUCUGGGACACAUGUUGUCUGGAAAGAGCCUGGAUCUUCUUCUAGCUGCGGCGGCAGCCACUGGGAAACUCAAGUCUUUUGCUCGAAAGUUUAUUAAGCUAAAUGAAUUUCCUAAACACAUCAGUGGAGAAGGAUCCAAGUCUGCAUCAGUGCGGGCCCUGCUCUUUGACAUCUCUUUCUUAAUGCUCUGUCAUGUUGUGCAAACCUAUGGUUCUGAGGUAAUCCUGUCGGACCCUAGCACUGGGGAGACACCUUUCUUUGAAACAUGGCUGCAGACGUGCAUGCCAGAGGAGGGCAAGACUCUGAACCCAGACCACCCCUGCUUCAGACCUGAGCCUGGCAAAGUGGAGAGUCUGGUCACCUUGCUGAACAACUCCUCAGAGAUGAAACUAGUUCAGGUGAAAUGGCAUGAAAUCUGCCUCAGCAUUCCUGCGGCUAUUUUGGAGAUUCUUAAUGCGUGGGAGCACGGAGUUCUAUCUGUGGAGGCGGUCCAGAAAAUCACAGACAACAUCAAGGGCAAGGUGUGCAGUAUGGCCAUAUGUGCGGUGGCCUGGCUGGUGGCUCAUGUCAAAAUGCUGGGGAGAGAUGAGAGGGAGAAGCCUCAGACUAUGAUAAAACAGCUUGUGACACCACUGUAUGGGGAGAACACUCUGCAGUUCUACAAUGAACGUGUAAUCAUCAUGAGUUCCAUCAUGGAGCACAUGUGUGCAGAUGUCUUUCAACAGACUGGCACAGCUCUACGGGAAAAAAGUGAGGUCCAGGAACCAAUACCGUAUCGUAAUCUGCUGCCAGCCAAGGAACCCAUUCAAACAGCCCUCAGUAAGCAGUUCCAGGUGGUGCUGCGCAAAGGCUGGGUGGACAGCCGGGCCUUGCAUCUCUUUGAGAGUCUUCUCAAUAUGGGAGGGGUCUUCUGGUUCACUAAGAAUUUAGUCAAGGAGCUGCUGAAGGAGACUCGUCAGGAGUGGGCCAAUCGGGUGGUGGAGCUACUCUACAGCAUUUUCUGUCUGGACACUCAGCAGAUCACCCUCACCCUGCUGGGCACCAUCUUACCAAACCUGCUGACAGACUCAGCCCACUGGCACAGCUUGGCAGACCCGCCUGGAAAAGCACUGGCGAAGUUGUCUGUGUGGUGUGCACUCAGCUGUUACUCUGCUCAUCCAAAAGGAUCGUUCUCAGCUCGGCAACGCAAACGGCAGCGAGAAGAUAUAGAGGACUACAACAACCUUUUUCCCUUGGAUGACACUCAGCCAUCUAAACUCAUGCGCCUGCUAAGCUCCAAUGAGGAUGAACCUGUAGCUCUUUCCAGUCCAGGAGACCGAUCUAUGAGCACCUCCCUCUCUGCCUCCCAGCUCCACACUGUCAACAUGAGAGACCCACUCAACAGAGUCCUAGCCAACCUGUUCCUCCUCAUUUCUUCCAUCCUGGGCUCCAAAAUGGCUGGACCUCACACACAAUUUGUACAGAGUUUUAUGGAGGAGUGCGUUGAGUGUCUGGAACAGGGAAGCCGCAGGAGCAUUCUGCAGUUCAUACCCUUUACAAUGGUCUCUGAGCUGGUGAAGCUGCCUGCACUGGCCAAACCUAAAGUCAUCCUGGCCAUCACUGACCUGUCUCUUCCUCUGGGGAGGAGAGUAGCAGCCAAAGCCAUCUCUGCAUUAUAAACUGGGUUAAAUUAACUUCACAGCCUGUUGGCCAACCUCACAUUUAGUAGUGUGAUGCUGGCUGCAUUUAAAAGGAAUCGUCUUUGUUAGAAAAUGUGUCUCUCUAAACACUCUUUUGCUAUUGUUUUCUAUGUUUUUUUUCCACACUUUAAGAAUUGUGUAACUGAUUUUUUUAAAUAAAAACAGAGGUAGGUGA